AAAAGAAGGGGGAACGAGUGAGUGAGUGAGCUAGUGGCGAAACCCGCUCACAAUUUGGCAUCAAAUUUUGAAAACCACCCCACACACACACUUUCACCCUCCAGCGCGCCCUCUCAUCAAACUCCAAUUUCAUUUCUCUCUCUCUUCUAAUCCCAAUCACAACGAUUCUGUUCCCUUUCCCUCCAAUUCUAGGGUUUCUCUCAACGCUAGGGUUCCCAAUUCUCUGGUCCCCCCUCCCCCAUCCAUGGCCACCGAAACCCUAGAAGACUCCAAGCCUCCGCUCCACGACGCCAAAUCGCCACCGGCCUCCGAGAUUCCGGAGAAGGAGCCUUCCGCGGAGGCCGCUAAAUCCGAGGACGAUGUCGACGGAGCGAGCAACCGGGAAGUAGAAGAGGAAGACGCCGGCGAGAAGAAAGAGAUCGACGAGGACGACGAAGAGGAGAAAGACGACGAUGAAGAGGAGAAAGACGACAACGACGAUGAGGAAGAAGUGGAAGAGGAGGAGGACGAAGCGGAAGAGAAAGAGAAAGCGAAGGCUAAGGGAAAGGGACGCGGCAAGGAGACUCCGAAGAAGAGUAAAGCAUCGGAGAAGAAGGAUCCAGUUACGCCGGCGAGUGAGAGGCCAACGAGGGAGAGGAAAACGGUGGAGCGUUACUCUGUGCCCUCGCCGGCCAAGUCUGCGAGAUCCUCCGCUAGUAAAGGUUUCACAAUUGAGAAGGGACGUGGCACGCAGCUCAAGGAUAUACCAAACGUGGCUUUUAAAUUGUCCAAGAGAAAACCUGAUGACAACCUGCAUAUGCUUCAUACUUUACUGUUUGGGAAGAAAACAAAGGCACACAAUUUAAAGAGAAAUAUAGGCCAAUUUUCUGGUUACGUGUGGACUGAGAAUGAGGACAAACAGAGAACCAAGGUAAAGGAGAGGAUUGACAAAUUUGUCAAAGAAAAGUUGUUGGACUUCUGUGAUGUUCUUAAUAUUCAAAUAAACAAGACCAAUGUGAAGAAGGAGGAGCUGUCGGCAAAGCUUUUGGAAUUUUUGGAAUCCCCCCAUGCUACAACUGAUAUUCUACUUGCUGAUAAAGAGCAGAAAGGUAAAAAAAGAACCAGAAAGCCAGCCCUCAGCAAAUCCCCUGGGGAAGCAUCUACAGAACCACCUGGCAAGAAGCAAAAACAAACUUCUCAAUCGGCUAAAAAGCAAAAGCAGUCUUCUGAUGAUGACGAGGAUGAUAAAGCUGAGCUUUCAGAUGCAAAAGAUGAUUCUCAGGAAGAUGAAGAUGUUGCAGCACCAAACCGUGAAAGUGAUGAUGAGGAAAGUAAAUCAGAGGAAGAGGAAGCGAAACCAAAGGGUCGCAAGCGUACUUCUAAAAAGAUUGUUAAAGAGAGUUCAGUUAGCAAGGCUGGGGAUAGAACCUCUUCUGUCAAGAAGGCCUCUGUGAAAGAUGCCAAGAGCACUGAAAAAACUAAAAAAACACCAACAUCGAAAAAGAAUGUUGCUGAACAUGACAGUGCUUCUGCCUCUGUAUCCAAGUCAAAGCAACCUGCAUCCAAGAAACAGAAAACUGUAAGUGAAAAGCAGGGCACUAGAGGAAAGUCUGCAAGCAAAAAACAAUCUGACAAAUCCUCAAAGGCUUUGGUUAAGGAUCAAGGGAAAAGUAAAAGUAAUAAGAAGGCCAAGGCAGAACCUACAAAGCAGGAUAUGCAUGCUGUAGUUGUUGAUAUUCUGAAGGAAGUAGAUUUUAAUACUGCAACUUUGUCCGAUAUCCUCAGGCAACUUGGUACCCACUUUGGUCUGGAUUUAAUGCAUAGAAAAGCAGAGGUGAAGGAUAUAAUUACAGAAGUAAUUAAUAACAUGUCUGAUGAGGAAGAUGAAGAAGAAGCAGAGAAUGAUGGCGAUGCAGAUAAAGACGAUGAUGGUGAUGAUGAUGCCUGAUUUUAGUUGGGCAAAUAAUAUUUGACCUGUGCAGAAAUUAGAGGUAUUUGGGCAUCCAAUAGAUAGAUUUUAUCUUCAUGAUUCUCCUGUCCGGAUUAAGGUAGAUAUUUGGUUUGAGUUGUGACCAUUUCCAUUAUAGAUGCUCUAAAAUAGGUUUGUACUUUGUACCAUAUCUAGAUUUAACCCGUUCCUCUGUAUUACUGACUUGACCUUUUAUUUCUCAUAUUGAAUAGUUUGUUGUUUUUUGCCUGGUUGUAAACAUUAUUAUUGCCUUCUAAUUUAGAUCAAUGUUCUCUCCUU